CUCUCUUCUCUAUUACAGGAGAAAAAGUGAUGGGUUGCAAGAAAAGCAAAGUCGAGGUAAGGCUGCUCACGUUUCCUUUUGUCCUUUUACCUGGGAUAAAGAAUAUGGCGGCACUGGCAUUGGAGGGUGUGAGAGUUCAGGGCAAAAUGGAUGGAAGGCCAGGAUCAAACACCUUGGCCCAUGGAGCUCUACUUACAUAUAUGAGACAGAUAAUUACACACACACUUUGUACUGAUACAACAAAUUCUACGCAAUUGGCACUUUCAUCCUUAAUUAAUGGCCACAAAAUACAUUUUUUCAUACCUUGGAUUUUGCAGUAUAAUGGCAGAAUAUUUUUGACCACAAUGAAUAUAUGAGAAACAAUCAUCUGAACUGGUGGGGGAGUGUGCUUAUAAAAAAUAUUAGAACUUAAUUUUUUCUUUCUGCAGAACUCUGUUCUUUCUAUUGAGCAUGAAAAUGCUUUUGUGGAGAUUCUAGAGAUCACCGAUGUGCGUGACUCUUUGGUGGAGUUUACUGCCACAAUAGAGCUGCCCGACCACCUGGCACAGCCAUCGUUCCUAGGUAAGUGUGAGCAAUACUAAAAAGCACAUUUUAAUUUCCAAAAUUAGAGUUGCACAUCCGGGAAACCAAUUUUAGUUCUGAUAAGGACCCCACUGCCAGAUAAUAAUGACAUCUGUGGUGUUUUUAUUCUUGUAGAAUCUCCACUUCCUGCUGGGUAUGAAGAGGACCCUGGCUCUUCCCACAACAUCGGAGGGGCCAUUCCUCUUCAUGAGCCUGAGGCUGAGCCAGCAGAGACUAUCCCCAGGGAUACAGCCAGCCCCACCAAUUUCAACUGUCUUUCAUUCGUAAGUACAUUGUAUGGGUGUGAAAUAUAUACAAACACACACAUGUAAUUGUUGGAUUCUUACUAUGCUUUACCUCUGUAGGAUGCCAAGGUGGAGGUCCCUGGGGUAGUUAUUACUUCAGAGGCCCUGGUGAAGAUUUGCGUGAAAGCAAAUAAACAUGUACCACCAUAUGAACCACCAGCGAUGCCAUUUUUAUUGGGUAAGUUGGAUCGGACACCUUGAAAUUUAUGAUAUGGUUACUCAUAUUAUUCUUAGUGCAUUUAUGGGAAUUGUAUGGACAUUUAUGUUUCAUUACAAUAGGAUACUUAUAUAUUUAUAUAGGAGAGUAUUUAUACUUUUUAUAAAGUGUAGGUCUAAUAUUGUUAUAUUGUAAUAAACGGUAUCAUCAUGUUGAGACUAUAUUGUUCCAUUUCUGCUUUCAUUUCAGAAGCUCCUGAUUGUGAUGCUGGCACGUCCAAUAACAGCGGACACAUUGUUCCCAAUCAGGAGCAAGAGUCUGAGCCAAAGGAAGAUAAUUCCACCUCUUCCAGUCUUCCAUCAGAACUCAACAUCUCUGAAUUUGGCUCAGAUGUUGCCAAUAAAAUACAGGGCGCAGAAGGACCAUCUACCAGCCCUGUUGAGCCCGGAUCUCCCUCACUUGAUCAAUUCAACCUGGGUCAAGUGUUGGGAGAAGGAGGAUUUGGGAAGGUAUUCCUAGCCGAGCACAAGAACACCGAAGUGCUAUAUGCCAUCAAGGCCCUGAAAAAAGAACACGUUUUGGAAAAGGGCAAUUUGGACAGUGUCUUCCAUGAGAAGGAAAUCCUCCAGACGGUAAGUUCUUCUAACCACCCGUUCCUAGUGUCAUUACAUGGAACCUUCCAGACGGCGUCUCACCUGUUCUACGUCAUGGAAUAUCUACCUGGAGGGGACAUGUUUGACUUCAUAAGAUCAGUGGAACUAGAAGAACCGGACGUCAUGUAAGUAGAAUGGGAAUCACCUUAAUUCUCACACAUAUUAUCUUAUAUAUCAAAAAAAAAAUAUUAAACUAACUGAAUAUUAUUUUUUUUCUCUAUUCAGGUUUUACACCGCAUGCGUUGUCCUUGGCCUGGAGGCAUUACAUCAGCUUGGCAUUGUCCAUAGGUAAGCAUUAAUAACACUAAAAUCAUCUUUAUUUCCAGAUGGAAGUGGUAAUACUACUAAUUUAGCUUAUAGCACUGUAAUAAUUUGCUUGAUGUUAUUAUAAGGAUUAUAUAUGUAUAACUACUAAACUAUUGACUUGCUUUUAAUUCAGAGAUCUAAAGCUGGAGAAUUUGCUUUUGGACCGGGAUGGCUACCUUAAGAUCGUAGACUUCGGCCUCAGCAAAGACAGUAAGUGUUGCUUAUAAUUCUGGAGCAUACAGGGGAUAAGAUCAGAUUAUUAGGUAUUAUUACAUUUAGAUAUAGUGUUAUAUGUAAGUGGCAUAAACAGAUCUGAGUGGGUGUGUAGUUUGGAAGCAAGCAGUUAAGAAAAGUUUCUCAUUACUUAACAUUAGGGUCCCAGGUCUGCAGUUUCCUCACAGUGUUUUUUGUGUUUAAGGAUUUGGAUACAGCGACCGCACUAACACCAUGUGCGGCACAAGAACAUACAUGGCCCCGGAGAUCUAUCUGAAACUUGGAUACGGCAUGGCCGCUGACUGGUGGGCCCUAGGAAUUACUGUUUACAUCAUGCUCCUGUAUGAGGUAAGCACAAUUCCUAAAUUAUCAACUUACAUUGGGGAAUCAUUGCCAUUGGCGUUUUAUAAUGUGACUAAACAUAGUGUAAUAAUAUGAUUAAGUAUAAUACAUAUUAUAAUCUCCAUAUUUACAAGCAUUACUUCCUAUACUCUCAGAAAUAAUAUAGCAUGAAUAUUUCUGUGUUUGGCUGAUCUUUACCAGCUGCACAUGAGAGAUGUAGUUCAGUACAGAGCCUGCACUAAGUUGAUAUUGCAACAAAUCUAUUAGUUGGUUCGCUAAAGGAAUAAUUAUUCACUUUCUCAGUUACCAUUCAACAAAAAGGAUCCGGUUGAGCAAAUGAGUAGCAUCCUUUAUGAUGACAUCGAGCUACCGGAAGACCUAUCAGAGGAUGCCUCCACUCUAAUACAAGAAGUAAGUUGGCCCCAGCAAAUCAGUAUCAUGUGCCUUUAGUCACUUGUUAUACUAAGGGCCAUACAUGUUGUAUAGUUAUUAUUAUUAGCAUGAUAUAACAUAUGGCCUUUAGUGUCUUUUAGUGGCAGUUUCAGGCUUUCACUGAACUUUACAAUAUGUAUUACCCGAGUGAGCCCCUUCUAUCCCAAAGGGACAGGCUGUCAAUGUCAGAAGCAGUGGGUACUGAUGUGUUACUGAUAAUGGCUUGUCCCCUAAAUACACAACUUAAUCUCUGGUUCAUAGAAGCAGUUAAUAGUUGUAAAUAUAUCAGCUUAAUUGUAAGGCCAU